AUGCGGGUUAUUAGCGUGGAAAAAUUUGAACCACUCCACCUGCGAAAGUCAUGGAUGAGUGAUCUUUCUCAUGGCGUCGCUUUUCUCGAGUCCCUAAACCUUGCGCAUGGUGAUCUCAGACCUGAGAAUAUUCUGCUUGACCGCAAUCGCCUUAAGCUUUCAGAUUUUGACAGCACCACUCACAUUGGAUCACAAUUCGAAACUUGCAUUGUACCAUACGGUCGACUGGUUGGUAGUGAAGGUGGGCCCUUCCAAGGAACUGCAGGCCUGCUUGGCCCGCGAACUGAGCAAUUUGCCCUUGGUUCAUUAUUCUAUCUAAUAAAUUAUGGAUUUGAGGUUUAUGGUGAUCAAUGUUUUGGCGAUGAUCCCUCUGGUAAGGAGCAUGGGCCUCUUGUCAUGGAUCUGCUACAAAUGAUGAUAUUUCCAGAUUUGAACCAGGUGCCAAUGAUUGACUCCAUAAUCAGAAGAUGCUGGUUCGGCGAGUACAAGACAGUGGCAGAAUUGGCAGCAGAUACAGAAAAGCUAUGCAGUAUAGGCAGUGAGACUUCCGGAGACAAUAUUGAAGGGGUUAAGUGUUCGGCACCCAUAUCUGUGGAUGACUUCUUAUCACAGAGGAAAUUGUGUGAGGAUUUAGUCAGGUGUGGAAUACCUACGGCUCUCUCUUUGCAGAAUCCCCGGCAACUUGGGCUCCCAAUAAAACGAAGGCAUGUUUGUUGGGAACUACUGUGGUAG